CCAACUGAAGAGGCGUUGCUCGUCGGUUUCUGCUCGCUGCGCGACUUCGGCGAGAGAAAUUUCCGCUUCCUGAAGCGAUAAACACCCACCAACACGCACCGAGCAGACGCGAAGUUGAGGCGCAAGGGGCAGAGAGCAGACACAGAGGCUGGAGCGGGGAUUUACCUCCUGUCUUCGGGUACAAAACCCAACGACUAAAAAUGUGUCCGCUAUCAGGCGGCGAAUAGCUCCGAACGGAACAGCUUUCCGUUUGCAUCGUACGCGGGAGCAUUUUUUACGCAUUUGCACCACCAGGAGCCUGACAAAAUAAGCUAAAGGGAGGCGAAGGCACCGAAGAGAGGACAAAACACACACACGCAGAAGCCAGGCUACCACGGGUGUUUCUCCUCUCGGCUCCGUCUGAAAGCCCGUCUUCAGCCUCCAGGAUGUCGGAGCGAGGAGGGCUCCCGCGGACUGGGGGCGUCCCUUCGCCGCACAUGCAGCCCUCCAAGCCGGUCAGCAUCACCUCCAACCGUCCGGUCCACAUGAACCUGUACGCUACCUGGGAGGUGGACCGCUCCUCGCCCAGCUGUGUGCCGAGGCUGUUCAACCUGACUCUGAAGAAGCUGAUCAUGCUGAAGGAGCUGGAUAAGGACCUCACGUCUGUGGUCAUCGCCGUCAAACUGCAGGGCUCCAAGCGGAUCCUGCGCUCCAACGAGAUCCUGCUGUCCUCAGCAGGGCUGACAGAGACCGACCUGCAGCUCACCUUCUCCCUGCAGUACCCACACUUCCUGAAGAGGGACGCCAACAAGCUUCAGAUCAUGCUGCAGCGCCGCAAGCGAUACAAGAACCGGACCAUCCUGGGCUACAAGACCCUGGCCCUGGGACUCAUCAACAUGGCCGAGGUGAUGCAGCACCCCAGUGAGGGCGCCCAGGUCCUGGGGCUUCACAGCCAGCUGAAGGACGCCUCUGUGCCCGUCGCCGAGAUCCGAGUCUACUCGCUGUCCAGCCAGCCCAUCGACCACGAGGGACCCAAAGCAAAGAUGUCCGAUCGCUCCCCGGACAUCGACAACUACUCUGAGGAGGAGGAAGAGAGCUACUCGUCGGAACAGGAAGGCAGCGACGACCCCAUUCACGGACAGUAUCUCUAUGACGAAGAAGAGGAAGUGAGGAAGAAGAAGCCGAGGCGUAAGCUGCCUUCCAAUGCCGCCAUCACCAGGCAACCCAACAUAAAGCAGAAGUUCGUCGCCCUGCUGAAAAGGUUUAAAGUCACAGAUGAGGUUGGUUUCGGCCUGGAGCACGUGUCGAGGGAGCAGAUCCAGGAGGUGGAGGAGGACCUGGACGAGCUGUACGACAGUCUGGAGAUGUACAACCCCAGCGACAGCGGGCCAGAGAUGGAGGAGACUGACAGCAUCCUCAGCACACCCAAACCUAAGCUAAGGCCGUUCUUCGAGGGAAUGUCGCAGUCCAGCUCCCAGACGGAGAUUGGCAGCCUGAACAGUAAAGGCAGUUUGGGUCGAGACACUUUCAGUCCGCAGGGGGAGCAGCCUCCCCUAGAGAAGAUGAAACCCUCACGCAGCCACAACCUGCAGGAGCCGCUGUCUGAGACCGACAUGCUGGAGCUGACAGAUCCAGAGACGUUUGCUGAGGUGGGCCCCUGCAUCACGGUGUCAGUGGCAGAGAAACCCCGUACGCCCCUGAAGAACAGCAAAAGUGAGACCCAGGCCAUGCCAUCGCCAAGGUUGGACGGAGGCCACACACCCAGACAGAAGCGCGUCAGCACUCCCAUGAAGGAGAGACAGCUGUCCAAACCUCUGAGCGAACGGACCAACAGCUCGGACUCGGAGAGGUCCCCGGAGCUGGGGCACAGCACGCCGCUCCUGAGGAAGGUGGUGUAUGACCAGCUGAACCAGAUUUUGUUGUCAGACUCUGCGCUCCCAGAGAGUCUUAUCUUGGUCAACUGCACCGAUUGGCAAGGCCAGUAUGUUGCAGAGCAGCUCCAGGUGCAGAGACACCCGGUGGUCUGCACGUGUUCGCCGGCUGAAAUCCAGGCAGUGCUGUCUGCCGUGCUCACUCGCAUCCAGAAAUUCUGUAACUGUAACUCAUCCAUGCCCAGAGCGGUGAAGGUGGCGGCGGUGGGCAGCCAGAGUUACCUGGGAGCCAUUCUGCAGUUCUUCGUCACCCAGCUCGCCAACAAGACGUCCGACUGGCUCAACCACAUGCGCUUCCUGGUUGUGCCUUUGGGCUCCCAUCCCGUCGCCAAGCACCUCGGCGCCCUUGACAAUCGUUACAGCUCCUCCUUCCUGGACGGGGCGUGGAGGGACGUGUUCAGCCGCUCUGAGCCGCCGCAGACAGAUCAGCUGGACGUAGCAGCAAGAAUCGCCCAGUACAUUAGCGGAGCCACAGUCACACACCAGCUGCCCAUCGCUGAGGCCAUGCUCACCUGCAAACACAGGACGCGAGAUGAAGACUCCUACCAGAAGUUUAUUCCUUUCAUAGGGGUGGUAAAGGUUGGUCUCAUCGAGUCUGGUCCGUCUCCAGCAGGAGAGACAGAAGAGGGCGUGGCAGUGAGCUUGGCUGUCCCCUCCACGUCUCCCCCCUCCCACGGCUCACCCACAGGGAUGAUUAAAGAGGCAGCCACACCGCCCUCCUCCCCCUCCAUGGGCAGCGUCCUCACAGUACAAGGGAGUCCCAGUAUGUCUCACGGCGUGGACGCCAUUGGCCUGCAGGUGGACUACUGGUUGGCCUCCCUGGCUGAGAAGCGGCGGGAGGGCGAGCGACGUGACACAGGCUGCAAGAACACGCUGAAGAGCGCCUUCCGCUCGCUGCAGGUCAGCAGGCUGCCAGGCGGGGGCAGCAGUGACCCACAGGCGCAGGUCAGCACUAUGGCCAUGACGGUGGUCACCAAAGAGAAGAACAAGAAAGUUCCCACCAUCUUCCUGGGAAAGAAGCCAAAAGAGAAGGAUGUGGACUCAAAGAGUCAAGUCAUUGAAGGCAUCAGCCGACUCAUCUGCUCCGCCAAGCAGCAGCAGACCAUCCUGAAAGUGUCCAUAGACGGCGUAGAGUGGAACGAUGUUAAGUUCUUCCAGCUGGCCGCUCAGUGGCCCACUCACGUCAAGUACCUACCUGUCGGACUUUUCGGUUACAGCAAACCCCCCUCCUAGGGGCGUGCACCCGCCGACUCCUCUGACCCCGACUUGACCUUCGACUUUCCUCGAUCCUUGUCACACCUUUGCGCGAAGACCCCGCCUCUCAGCACCUGCAGAGCUGAGAGAAGACGUCGAGGGGCUGGACUCCUUUUCUUUCUUUAGCUUCAUUUUGGCUACAGUCGUCUUGUUUCUCUUUUGGGAGGGAGAUGAGGAGGGAGGUGCUGGAGUGCAGCGCUGUUACAAGUCACUUUAAUGCCCCUUUAGGUGUGUGUGUGAGACGAGUGUGCAUGCACACGUGAAUGUACAGUGUGUGUCUGUGUUCACAAGGGGCUCACAGCACAAGUUUAUUAGCUGACUGCCGUUUACUUUUCCGUUCUAUGGAAUGCAACAGCAUGCAACAACUCACCCAUUUCAAGCCCUUAAAGUCUCACCCGCAACUUUUGACCCCUUCGAGGUCACGCUCACCUCAAGACCUGAUCCACACGUGCAUGCUCCGAGCUAACGGAUAACACCACUCAUGUGCCGGAAAACAGCAACUCAAAAUAAAAAUAAUUUAAAAAAAGUAAGGCAACAAGGCUUCAGUGUUUGCAUGAGCCAGUGAAAACACAAAGAAAAGCCUCCGCUUUGCAUGUGAUGAAGUUCUCCUCCACAUGUUCUUAGAUUCCCUUAAAAACAGAACCAUUCUCUCUCUCUCUCUCUUUUUUUUUGUUUAAUUUCAAGGGCUUCCAUGAGAUUUAACAUAAUUUUCUGUACCAGAAUGAGUCAUUUGGAUGUCUAAUGCCAAACGUUUCCUUUCAACAAAAAAAACAACAAAGAAAAAUCAUCUGUAAAGGGGGAAGUGUCUUUUUUAAGCUGUGCUCUGGUGAAAAUAGUCAAACCUUCCCUUUAAAGCUGUUUUGUGAUGAAUAGUGUACGUUUUUUUUUUUUUUGUGAAGAUUUCCAGGAUUUUCAGGACGGGGGGGUUCCUGUAACGUGCAGUUUUCUUCUCAUUUGCUAUGCACUUAUGAAUCUGGGUGUUUGCAAAGUGCAGCUGAACUCAACUGAAACAACAAAAUUUAAAGAGUCCAAAACAUGCGGGAUUCUUUUGUCUUCAUGCAUGAACUCCGCUUUUCCAUGACGAUCUGUGCUGCAAACAUGGGGGUUCGUCACCUGCAAUGAAGCACAACGUCGUUUGCCCUGAUUAGGUGAAAACAGCAGACCUGGUCAAAAGUGUAAUUUUGUAAGCAUUUGCAGUUUCUCUUCUCCGUACAAUAAACUUCACACACACACCGUCCCCCCCACUCAGCAAAAAGAAGUAUUUGGGUUGACUUCAGUUCUGUUGGCACAGGUCUGCUACGUGCUUUGUCUAGUAAGUCGUGAGGUGAUUAAUGAGUGUACAGUAACUGGUAACACGUGUGCGUGUGGUGAAAUAUAAUUUGGUCAACAAAAAACAAAAAAAAAAUCACUAAAUAGUAGGAAUACUUUUUUACCAUGUGGCAGGGGGCAUGCACUUGGUGUGUGUGUGUGUGUGUGUGUGUUGGCUUUGUUUGUUGAUGAUGUGGCCAUUAUCAAUAUCACUGAUUAUCAGAUUAGACGUAAAGCUGCAGUGGUCGUCCUGUUUUACCUUGUAGCCCGGCACGAGUCCAAGCUAACACUUUAAAAAACAACAGCAACAAGAAAAAGGAAAAAAAAAAAACAAUUUUAUUGAAAUUAUUUGAUCUGUGCAAAUCCAAGAAUGUAUCUGCAAACGUAAAAACCAUUUUAUUCGAUGCACAGUGGUGUCGCUCUGCCUUGUGUCGCCUGCGUGGUAACACUCUCCAUCUCCUGUGAAGUAUUAGCAAAAUAGCUUGUUAUUUUUUUCAGUGAUGUUAAUGCCAUCGUCGGCGCGGUUUUUGUUUUGUUGGAAAGCACUUCUGACAUUGCAGUGUUACACUUGUGAUGUCUCGGCUCGUGUUUCUGCGGCGCCGCGUUUCACGCUGAAGGGUUUCGGAGCUUCGUUGCCCCUCUCUCUCUGUUUGGUUAAAAGCUCGUCUGUCACUGCUGAACAAACACUCAGCUUGGGUUCAAGGACUUCCACAUAUUUGAAUGUACUGAAUUUAGUUUACACGUGCUGUCUUGCGUCUUUGUGAACGACGUCAUGAACUUUGAUAAUUUGGUGUCAUUUGGCCUAAAAGAGACGUCAGAGUCCAGAACUUAAAUGUUCCACCAGUCCAGCGCAGUAAUUUUAAAUUCCACACAAACAGCUGACAACAGAUGACGAGCCAGUUUGGACGCUUUGCUCCAACUGUUUUUUUGUUUUUUUGUGUGUGUUUGCUGUAAACAACAAAAAGACAAACUGCCAGGGGGCCUCUUCAAACCUGUCGUUUUCCUUCGCUUGUGUUGCUGACAGCCAGCUAAGGGCUUGACAGACGGCUUGACUGACGGGUUUCAUAUCAGUGAGCAUCGAUGUGCUGUAGUUUGACGUUUCUCAAUCAUUUCGUUCCAAAGUUUGACGCCUUUUCUUCAAAUUUUUUUGCUGCAUUUGCAGUUUUGAGGGCAAACUUAUCUAAAUUUUAAGAAGAAAAAUGUCCGAUCAUCUUGGUACCCGGCACAUACUGAGACAGGGUUUGUAAUUUGCCACUCAUGACUUCAUUAAUGUGAAUAACUCAUUUAAGAAUACAUUGAUGCUCUGCUCUACAGUGCAAGAAUGGAAACAGCUUUUGGGUUGCCAGGUUGUGAUUCCACGUUUCAGUGGAAAAGAAUCCCUUUGGUUAAAACAGAAAACUACACUUCUACAUGUUUUAUAUUAACAGUGGGUCAAAUGAACUCUUUUAAUGUGAAAGGUUUCACUCAUAUCAGCCAGUUCUUCAGCUCCCUUCAGGUCUGCAGAGCAUCUUAGUCUCCUUCAGCUGAUUGUUUUGAUUAAAGGGCCCCCAGCUUUACUGUUGUGGUUCACAUCAGCGUCGUGUCCUUCUGAUUUAAUAUAAAACGCUCUAAAAAAUAAAUACCUUACACCUGCUUCCCGGUGCUAAGCAGCAGACAUCUGGCUAGAGAAGAAAGUGCAGCAUUUAGUAGCUAAAGAGCCCGAUAUUGGCCUCAGGAGUUGGUGGAGACUCAAACUGAGCUAAAACGAGAGUGGAUAUUGGACUGAUGUUCAUUGGACGGAAAGAAACAUGACGCCAAAUGAAUGAUAGUGUUGUUCUGUAACUGCUGGAUUCGAAACUACUCAUCCAUCAGCACCAGUAAUAACACGAUGAAGAAAUGUUACUGUCGUCAGUCAGUCCAACGCGUUAGGAGGAAGAUCUGUAGUGUAAUUAAAAGAUAAAUUAAAGGGAUUCGUCACCAGAAUGUGGCAACCCAAAACCUAUAUUACUGUAGCAUUAAUAGACUCUUAAUAUUAAGAAUGUUAAUGUUAUAAUUUUAACUUUCAAUAAAGUUAUCUGUGACAACUUAGACAAUUUUUUAAAAAUAUGCUUUAUUAUGAACGAUUACCGCAUUUUUAAAUUAGGAAACUGUAUUUCAAAAAGAGAAAAAGGUUCCAAAAGCUCGAUAACGUUUUGAAUUUAAAUGCCUCAUUUUUUUGUUUACACCUGAAUGAUCAUGUGUCCGCUCUUAGAGACAACCAACUUAAAGCUAACUUAAAAUGCUCUUUGCCUUGUAGUGUUGUUAGCCUACUACUACAUGCAAUGAUGUGAGUCUAAAUCCUAAAUUGUGUGAAGCCAUGAGGACGACCUCCACGGGGAGGUCAAAGGUCAGCUCACUCCCCCCUGAUUGAACUCAAGAGAGGCAUUAAGAGCCAAAAUCACUGCCAAAAACCACAGUCUGAAGGAAUUGUGACUACAUUCAGAUAGACUUGCAGGGUUUUAGUGGUGCUGAUAGCCGAAACGCAUUAACAACAAAGUGAUCCUUGUUCUGUAGUUAUCAUUUCAGUGUCUGGAGAAAGUGAAUGCAGGUUGCAGCUUUUCCUGACCAUCUUUCCCCCUCUUCGUCACCGUUUAUGUUUUUCUAAAGUCUCUCUGAAAACACUGUUUGUUCUGUAUGUGAACUUGUUCCUGUGUGUUUUUAACCUGUACCUCUGUACCUGUGUGUCUUUGUGACGGUGUUAACGAUGGUCCCUCUGUCCUUGAUUGGUCGUGGUUAGAGAUUAGGAGCUGUUUGGUCCAUCAAUAAUCUCUGUCAGUGAUCAGCAGUGUCUUUUCUCUCCACUGUCCAUGUGUUCCUCUGGUGACGAGAGUCUUCUUCACCAGGCUUCCACAAGCUUAGCUUUCUGAAAUCAUCUUAAAUGAUAUUGUCCACUUUCCCUCACGGCUUGUAAAUUUGCUGUCUGUCCUCACGGGAAUGGGAUUCACCCACGAAAGCAGUAGAUUUCUGCCUGAUGAGGUUCUGCUCAGAGCAGAGUCCUAAGCUUGUGGACUUGUGGAGAGUAUUUUGCACAUGCCAUUGUUUCUUCAGCAGCAGUCUUCAGCUUUUUUGCCUUUUGCCUAUAACAAUAAUUAUGAUAAACUGUAAUGCUUGUACAUAUCAGAUAGUACUUGUUAUAUUGUAUUCUAGUUCUGUUUUUUUGUUUGUUUUUCUUAAUUUGACAUGUUUUGUAGUACUGCUUUUUCAUGAUUAUGUUUGUCAACCAAACAGACGUGGGAUGAAAAGUGGAAGUGUUUAUCGUUUCAUUUGUUUUUUAAAAUAAAAAUACUCCUGAUUUGUA